CAAGCUUUUUCAUUUGUAAAGACGCACAACCUUGCUUGAAACUUCUCGAUAUAUCGACGACCAAAACAAGAAUGGGUUCAAACAAAGUCAGCAUGGCGCAAUUCGAAGACUUUCCUCCCACGAAUCGGCGUCACGUAGGCGCCCCACAGGAUCAGCUAGGUCCCGGCCUGGCCCCUCGCGACGAGGCCAAGGUCAUCCCGGUCUCGCUGACCAGAUCCCGAGUCGCGCAUGACGGUGCCGAGCUCCAAGAGGACCCCGAUUCCUUCGUUUCUACCGCCGGCAAGGAGGCAGCUGCCACCUCCUCGGCAGCGAUGAGCUCCUACCAGGCGAUGCAGGCGGGACUACCUCUGGAGCAGAAGAAGCGUAUGGGCAAGAAAAUUGUACAGCAGCAGCAGCCGAUAGCAGGGGGGCUGUUCUUCGGGAGCGCGCUGGGAGCGGCGGGGCCUAGGGCAGAGCCCGAGGCAGCGCUGGGGCUGGGCACCACGAAAGCGAGUCCGCACAUACCGGGGUACGGCGGCCACAUCCCCAAAACGGCAACACCGGCGGACGCCGCGCCAGUGCGAACCAUGGACAAGUCUCUCAUUAUUGAAAACUACAAGCCGUACGGACCCGGUUACACCGGGCGCAAGACGUGACCCACGGGUCUCAGUGGCGUUUGGCAAAGCAUGUGCGGUCUCUCGUUGGGUGCCUGGAACUGGGG